UAUUUUUUACUUCGCGACUGUUAAUAUGGUUACCAUAUAAUUGAAACAUAAAUAAAUCUUUUAGUAUUGCAAGAAAAAGUUUAAAGAAGAAGAUUAAAAAUUUUAUAUAUACAUAUAGAUUAAUUUUAUUUAAGUGAAUAUUUAAAAAAAAUAAAAAAUAAUUUUUUUUUUAAAAAACAGUUUCUAAAUAAUUAAAAAAUUCGUAAUAGAGCGCAAUAAAUUGUGUUUGAAUUAUGGCAACUACAUUACAUAUUCUGAAUCCAAAUGAUAAUUUGAUGAAAAAAUUUCAAGAAACAUUACAUACACAUUUAUUGCAUGUUGAUAAUAAACUUUCAGAAGAAAUACUCAAUCUUGAAACAUCAAUAAAAUGUGCAGAAAAAGAAUUAGAGUCAGAAGCUAUACAACUUUAUCAAAUGCAGCAAGAUGUUCAACAUCAACAUACAAUAUUACAACAAUAUAUACAAGCAUUGUCAAAAGUCACAUUCUUGAGAGAAAAAAAAAAUAACAAUAUAGAAAAUGCUAAAGAAAUUCUAAAACAAAAUUAUUCAAAAUUGAAAGAAGAAAAAGAUAAAAAAGAAAAACUAUCUCAAAAAUUAAAAAAUUUGUUGGAAUUUCAUUCUUAUUUAUCUAAAUGGGAGAAAGAAUUAAAUAAUCAUUUAAUUAUAUCUAAACAAUUGUCAUUACAAGAUAUUAAUAGAAAUAAAAUAUUGAUUAAUAAAAAACAACAAAGAGAUUUCAUAUUAUAUCGAUUAAAAGAAGAAAUAUGGAAAAUUGAAUCAGAAAUAGCUUAUUUUGAUGAGCAAUUACAAAUCAAAAAUAAAGAAAAAGAAGAUGCUAAUAAAAUGAUAAUUGAUGCAAAUACAGAUCUAGAAACUCUGCACACAGAACAUAAAGAUUUACAUAAUAUAUGGAAAUCUGUAGUAACUAAUAUUUCUAAAAGAAGUAAUAUUCAUGAUCAAUUAUAUUUUGAACAAAAAGAAGCACAUAAAUUAUAUAAUGGAUUGUUAUUAGAAAUACAAAAAGUAAAUAAAGAAAUAGAAAAAGAAAUGGAAAAUAAUGAAUAUUUGACAUCGUGGAACUUUCGAAUAGAAAAUAAUAUUAAAAUUACAUCACGAGCAAUAUCAGUAUACAAUGAAAAAAUUGCAAAAAAUAAAGAAGAAUUAUUAAACUUAACUAAAAUUAAUGAACAAACAGAAUAUGAUUAUAAUGUUAUACUUAGUAAAUAUCAAAAUUAUCUUUAUGAAGAAGAACAAGUAAAUAAAAAGCUUGAAAUUACUUUUCAAAAACAAAAUAAUUUAGAAAAAACAAUAUUUGAAAAAUUAGAAGAAAAAGUUUUAUGUAAUAAGACAACUAAAUAUAUAAAUGAAUUAUUAAUGAGUACAAAAAAUAUUGUACUAGAAUAUGAAAUUUCAAUUGCACGUAUAGAAAAUACAUAUGGAAACAAUCUGUUACAAUUAGAAAAACUUAAAAAUCUUAUUGAAAUUAAAAAAACAGAAUUAUUGGAAUUGACACAGAAGAAUACUGGGAAAGAAAAACAUAUAGAUGAAUUACAAAAGGAAACAAAAAAAUAUGAAGCAAUGAUAGGAAAAUCACAAACAAAACUUCUUGGAAUAAAUAAACUUAUUGAGCAGAUAUUACCAAGUAUUGGUGGAGAAGAAUUGAGUCCACAAGAUUUAAAAAUUGUUAGUUUAGAAAAAAAUAUUCAAGAACUUCAACAAAAUAUUAAAAAAGCACAACAAUUUUGGUUGCGUCAACAAGGUUUUUUCGUUUCAUUAAGUCAACAAAGAGAAUCACAGUUAAGAGAAUUAAAUCUUCUUGAAAAGGAAAUUAUGAUAAUAGGACAAAAAAAUUUUAAAUUGGAAUAUGCAUUAGAAAUGCUUACAAAGGAAGAAGCAAAUGUAAAUAAAAUUAUAACUUCUCUUAAUCAAAAAUUAUCCCGUAUGAAUUCAAAUUUAGUAGUACAAAAAGAUUUAGAAAAAGAAUUGGAAGAUAAAAAUUGUAUAAUGAAAAACGAAUGUCUUUUAUCUUUUCAAGAAUUAGAAUUAGAAGUUAUAAAAAUACAAAGUGAUUUAAAAAAUUUAUGUACAGAGAAAAUUAUACUUAAGGAAGAAUUAAAUUCUGCACAACAAGAAAGUUUAGCAUGGGAAAAAAAGGUACAAUUAUUACAAGAUACGAUUAAAAAUAUGAAAGAAGAAUCAAGUACUGGAGGUAUAGCUUCAAUGAAAAGUGAAAUUCAUAGAAUGGAAAUGAGACUUUCUUAUUUAAAAAAAAUUCAAGAAAAAUUAAUUCAUGAUAUGAAUCUUUGCAUUACAAGAAGAGAUAUUAUAGUUGACAAAAUGUUUGGUAAACUUAAAAAAAAUCCAAAAGUAAAACAUAACGAAAAAAUUAUAAUGUAUAAACGUUUAUCUGAUCAAAAAGUAAAAAUCAAACAAUUUUUAAAGAUUACAAAACAAACUGACAAUAUGAUAGAAAAAUUAAAAAUUCAAAUAACAAGCAUUCAGGAUAAAUUAAUUAAAUGUCAAGAAUUUUUACAAAAUCUAAAAAUACAUGUUCAAACUAUAGAAAACGAAAUUGAACAAAUGGAAUUAUUAAAAUAUCAUAAUUUACAUAGUUUAGUUCUUAAGCAAAGAAAAGUAAAACAAUUAUAUGAUAUAAAAAAUGGUAUAUAUAAAAUGAUUUAUAAAAACGAAAAUAUAAUUGAAGAAAAUUUGCAAAGAGAACAUUAUUGUAGAGAAUAUUUAAAAUGUACAUUAGAAAAAACUAAUCAUGAUUUUCCAACAUUAAAAAAUAGCAUAAAAAGAGUGUUACUUACUUUGCAAACAUUUUAAAAAAUUAAUGAAUGUAUAAGAUAAGGUAAAAUAAUUAUUGUUAUCAUAAAUGAAUACAAAGGUACAAAGUUCUAGUAACUGUUUUAAGAAAGUAUUUUACUAAGUUACAAUAAAAUAAUAUCAUAUAAAAUUUUUCAAUGUAAAAAAUAUAAUUUGAAAUUAUAUAUUUAAAUAUUUAUUAGUAUUUAAAGAAAUAUUAAAGAAAUAAAAAAUUUGGUAAAAAUUGAAAAGAUUAAAAAUAUUAUGAUCUAAGAAGAAUAAAGAAAAUAUAGAUAAGAACUUUAUAUUUAGCAAAUGCGAUAGACGAAUCACAAAUUCGAUCAAGAUUAAUUUUAAUCCAGUCAUAUCACUGAUAUGAAAUAUUAAGGUAAAUCAUCAGAAUAUCAUUACUAUCUAUAAAUAAAAUAUAUAUAAAGUAUAAAUAAUAUAAAUAUAUAUAAUCGAAUUUAAAAAAGAUAAACAAAAAUAUUUUUAUCUUAAAUUGAUUUUUUAAAUUUUUCUAAUUUUAUUUAUUUACAAUAUAUAUAUACAAUAUAUAAUAGUGCAAACUAUAAUAAAAAGAUAAGAAAUA